CAUUUCAAAAAUUCAAUCGAAUAAAUUAAAAUCUGAUGCAUCCAUUUCAUCAGCAUCAUUUUUAUCUACAACACAAUUGAAUUUAUAUCUUAGUGCAUGUAAACUGUUAGCUACUAGUUUAUUAUAUCCAGAAUGUAAAAUGCCACAAUUCACUUAUUAUCAAUGGGCAUUUGUCAAAGAUAUCACCUUUGAUAAUUUAACUAAUCAAGAUGAAACGACAAAUUGUACUGUAUUAAUGAACAAUAAUAAUAAAACAACAUCAUUUCUUCCAUUCCUUUCUGAUGUUCUUACAAGCAUUGAUAAAUUACAAGAAAUUGACAUGAUAUUGAAUAGUGGUGGUGGUGGUGGUUGCGGUAGUAGUAUUGACACACUGUCAAUGGAAACAAUAUCAACUUCACUGCAUCAAAGUUGUUACAAUCUAUUGGCAUUAGAUAAACUUGUCAAUAUAUUCACAUUGAAACCAUUUAUUGAAAGUCUAAAUCACAAUGCAUCGCUUGGUUCAACACGAAAAUCGUUCAAUGCUGAUGAUGAUGAUGAUGAUGUCCAGUUACUUGAUGGUUUCUUGCUUGAAUUAGCUAUAGAAGCAUCUUUAGCUCAAGAAUUCCCUGAAACUAUUGCAUCUAGAUGAUGAAUCUUUUAUUUUCAACCAGUUUUCUCAAACUUCUUAGAUGCAUUCACCAGUCAGUCAGAUUUGUUUAUCGUCUCCUAACUGAUUUGCCGCCUACCUCGCGCUUAUCUUAAAGAAAUAAAUUAAUCAUCUGGAAAUAUUUGUGUAAUCUGUUUUUUUAACUUACUUAUUUACUUACUUACUUAGUUGAUUUACUGAAAAAAACACAUGACUAAAAUUCAAAAUUAUGCAUCUAAAUUGUCUUUCGAAU